AUGCCAGAUCACCCGAUCCUCAAGUCGGUGCUGUCACUGAUUGAAGACAAUGAUGCGAAGACCCUUCGUGUGUCCUUCAGCUCGCGGAAGGUGAAGCCGGGCGACAAGAUCCCGAAACGAGAAGCUCAAGAGGUCCCAACACUUGGCUGGAAUGCGGCCUCAGGACAGAAGUUCCUUGUCGUCUGCCUCGACAUCGAUGCACCAUUCCCCACGUUUGCGCCCUUGAGCCCCGUCCUGCACUGGCUACAGACCGGCCUUGCUGCAGAAGGAUCAACCAGCGGCGGCGACCUGACCUCGCCAGAUCCAGCCAUCGCCCACUGGGCUGCUCCAGGUCCUCCGCCGCUCAGCAGUCCGCAUCGAUACAUCUUCUUGCUCUACGACCAACCGGCGGACUUUGACACGAGAACGUUGGCCAAAGCGGGUGGCUUCGGUAUCCGAGAGCGCAUGAGAUGGGAUCUUUCACGGUUCGAACAGCAGGCGAAGCUCGGUCCGGCUGUCGCAGCCACGUAUUUCUUGAGCAACUAG